AUGUCUGUGUACUCCGUCCACCCUGCUGCCGGGGCACCGGCCUCAUCGGGAGGAGGAUUUCACCACAGCGCACAGAACACAGCGUUUUCCGGCCCCCACACGUACGGCGGAACCUCCGGGCUUCACCCAUCCUCUGGCGGCCGCGGCGGCUACGGCCAACCCCAUCAUCUCCAGCAGCAAAUGCAGCUCCAGCAUCUGCAACAGCCGCCCUUGCCUCCUCCGCCGCACCAACAAUACCAAGGCUUCACGAACGCAGGAAACUACUCGCAACACUCUGCGCAGUCUGCGCAACAGCUGCAACAGGGUCACCAUCCACACGCCUACUCGCAACCGAACGCCGCCACGGCCAUGUCCGCGGCAUCGACACUCGCCACGCCGACCGCCACGGCUCCGGACGCGUCGCUCCUGGCCCAGCAAGGCUCCACUUCGACGUUCAUGUUCCCCUCCCAAGGGGCGGCCGGUGGAGCCCCAGCCGCGGGGUCGGGCCCGAGCGCGCCGCUAAUGAUGGACGCGCAGGGAGCGCCGCUCGGGGCGGCUCAGGUCAGCUCGAGUGUGGCACAAGGCCCCGAGACGGACCACGGCGCGCAUGCGGCCAAGCCUCGGAUGUUGACGCCGAUGGAGGUGGCGCACUCCUUCGUCUACCAGUACUACUACAUGCUGCACGACACCCCGCUCGACCUGCACCGAUUCUACGACUUUGACUCCCAAAUGAUCCGAACGACGGACCGCGACGGCACGGUGCCUCACAGCGCGCCCCACCAUACGGACGUCAGGGCGAUGGGCCAGCGGGAGAUUUACCGGGCCUUUGAGAGAGGUCGUUUCGAGAGGACCACUUGCCGAGUGCGUUUCAUCGACGCACAGGAGAACAAGGACGGAGGGAUGCUGAUUCUCGUCGCUGGCCGCCUGAAGCAUGCAGACGAGGGCCCGGAGAGAGAGUUCGCGCAAACGGUCUUCCUCGCGAAGCAAAAGGCCCCGCGAAACGGUUGGUACGUGACAAACGAGAUCUUCUGUUACCUCGACGCGGCCGUUGAGGAGGUUCAGAACGGAGCGAGGGAAGCGGCGUUGCCUUCGUCGCCAAGCGCUCGAUCUCGGGUGUCUGAGGCGCCCACGGCGGGUUUCCAGCAAGCGGUGCGGUCGCCGACCGCUGCGACCGCGCGCGUGGAAGCACAUGCCGCGACGCAGACCCUCGCCCCAGAGCAAAGCAGCCCUCGAGGCUCGGCGGCCGGCAGUCCCCGUGCGCCGAACGCCGUUGGCUCGCCUCGCGUGGGCUCCGGCGACGCGCCUGCGAGCCCCCGCGUGGUGCCCCUGACGCCUGCCGUCCCCACGACCGCGGAGACACAAGAGACGGGGGAUGAGGCGCGCAAAGCAGCGGGCGAAGGGAAGAAGGAGGCCGGCGCCGAGGAGGCGAAGAGCAACAGCGCGCCGUCCGCAGAGGCGGAGAACCAGUUUCUGGCGCCGCAAAAACCCGCGCCCAAACGCCAAUGGAAGCGCGAGGACGCGCCGAGCCCCGAAGCAUCGGCCCCGGACGCGAACUGGCCCCGCCCCGGCGAAACCAAGCAGCAGGCACAGAAGGCCGACGCGCAACAGCACGCUGAGCAGUUCAACUACGAUCCGAAGAGUUUUGCGUUCAAGGUCGUGCAGAACGCGCAGCGCACGGCAGGCGGACCCAAGGGUUUUGCCGUCCCGGCGACGCGCUCUACCGGCUCCGCGGCCAGCAACGGACGCGCCGGCGCGCAGGAGGAGGGCCGGACGAGCUCGCGUUCGGGCGCUGCCCAGGCGUCUCCAGGUGCCCAGGGGGGCGAGGCUGGAGCCGAAGGUCCCGCGCGAGGCGACGGGCCACCCGCGGGCGCCAAGAAGCUGGUUGUGCUUUCUGAAAUGCCGCCGGAGUUCUCGGUGGACGAACUCAAGAAGGCAGUUGCAGAUCAGCUGAAGAAAUUCAACGAGGGCCAGGCAGUGGAAAUCCGAAAACCCGCGAGCGGACGCACCUUCGGCUGGUUCAUUGAGCUCGACUGCCGCCAGAGUGCCGAGUACCUCAUGCAGCAAGGGCUAUACGUGCGCGGACGACAGAUGCGCCUGGACUUUGCUCGCCAGCAGGGAUCCGGCGGUCCCCGUGGAGGCGGAGCCCGCGGGGGUCGCGGGGGCCGGGGCGGCUGGAACGCGGGGAAGGCCCCGAACGGUCGCGGCGAGUUCUACGGACCCAAGGGAGACCAGGGUGCCUUCGGCGAGGAAGAGAGCCGCUUCCAGCGUCCCCGCUACGCUCGCGGCGAGGGCGCGAACGAGAACGGCGUCUUUGCGGGCUCAGCGUCGGGCCAGAAGGAAGGCGAGACUGGCGCCGACGGAGGCGGCCAGUGGAUCGACGCCGGCAAGAAGAAGAAGGGGCCCGGAGGCCCCGGGCCCGCGGCGGGGGUGCAGACAGGCGCGGCUGCUGGGGCCGGUCAGGGCGAGCGGCGCUUCGGGGCCGGCGGCGCCCGUGGAGGCGCGGGGAGGCCUCGGGGCGGCGGGUCCAGGCGCGGCGGCGGAGACCAGCAGCCGAGUUGGUCGAGGUAG